AUGUCCGCGAUCAAGGACGCUCUGGCCUCGGCCGCAGAGGCCCUUCACAUUUCUGGCGAAAAGGACAAGAAAGCAAUUGGUGGUGGCGCACCAGUGUACGUCGACGAGAAGGCUGGCAGCGACGAGACCGCGGAUGGAUCCAAGGCCUCGCCUUUCGCAUCCCCAUUAGCAGCACUCCUCGCAAAGGGCCAGGACGCAUCCGUUUUUGUUAAGAAAGCCGACGCUACCCCUGGCCAAGACGGUGUCGAUGCAGACGGAUAUGCUCCCAUCUCGGCUUCCGCUUCCAAAAAAGUCAGCAAGCUCUACGCCACCGCACUCAAGAAGAAGGAGAAGGCCGGCGAGCAGGCUGCAAAGGACCAAGCGCAGGCCGCCAACGACGAGAAGAGGCUCGAAGAGAGCAAAAAAGUCGUUCUUGAGGAGCCCUCUUCUUCGGCAAAGAAGAUCAAGAUCAGUCAGGGCGCCAACUUCCGUGAUCAGCGCGUCAAGAUCUCGGGUUGGGUCCACCGUCUGCGUUCCCAGAAGGACUUGACCUUCAUCGUCCUCCGCGACGGAACCGGAUAUCUCCAGGUCGUCCUUUCGGGCAAGCUCACCACCACCUACGAUGCUCUCACCCUCACCACCGAGUCCACCGUCGAGAUCCAGGGCCAGCUCAAGGCGGUUCCCGAGGGCAAGACCGCUCCCGGUGGCCACGAACUCGUCGCUGACUACUGGAAGUGCCUCGGCAAGGCACCUGGUGGAGACGAGGCGUACACCAACGUCGUCGCCGAGACCGCCGACCCCAACUCGCUGGCCGACCGUCGCCACCUUGUCAUCCGAGGUGAGACCGCUUCCGCCGUGCUCAAGGUGCGCUCCGAGGUACUCAAGGCCUUCCGUGCCGAAUACGACAGCAUCGGAAUGACCGAGGUCACCCCUCCGUGCAUGGUGCAGACCCAGGUUGAGGGCGGCUCCACCCUUUUCAGCUUCGACUACUAUGGCCAGCCUGCCUACCUCACCCAGAGCUCGCAGCUCUACCUCGAAACCUGUCUUCCCUCGCUCGGUGACGUCUUCUGUGUUCAAGAGUCGUUCCGUGCUGAAAAGUCACACACCCGCAGACACUUGUCCGAGUACACGCAUCUCGAGGGUGAGCUCGCCUUUAUCAGCUUUGACGACCUGCUCGACCACUUGGAGCAGCUCAUCUGCGGUACCUUGUCGCGCGUGCUCGAGGACCCCAAGACCAAGGCGUUGCUCGACCAGCUCAACCCCAACUUCAAGAUGCCCUCGCGUCCCUUCCGACGCAUGGACUACAAGGAGGCCAUCCAGUGGCUCAACGACCACGAUAUCCCCAACGAGGAGGGCCAGCCGCACAAGAUUGGCGACGACAUCGCCGAGGCCGCCGAACGUAAGAUGACCGACGAACUUAACGUGCCUAUCUUCCUCUGCCGCUUCCCACGCGAGAUCAAGUCAUUCUACAUGAAGCGCACCGUGGGCGAUGAGGAGUUCACUGACUCGGUCGAUGUGCUCAUGCCCGGUGUCGGUGAGAUUGUCGGUGGCUCCAUGAGGAUGGCCGAUCAGCACGAGCUGCUCGAGGCGUACAAGAACGAGGGCAUCGACGCGGCUCCUUACUUUUGGUACACUGACCAGCGCAAGUACGGCACCUGCGAGCACGGCGGUUACGGCCUCGGUGUCGAGCGCUUCCUUGCAUGGCUUACCAACCGAUGGACUGUCCGCGAGGCUUCUCUGUACCCCCGAUGGACCGGUCGUUGCACCCCUUGA